UCUCGCGAUGUCUCCCCGUUGUUCACCGUCGACGAGACUAGCUGUCUGGAAAUUUGUCUCGUGGGUUCGACACAAAACAUUUCUUCACAUUUUUCCUCCCGUUACCAGGCACUGUAGUUGUGUUACAAAUUAAAACACGCUACUGUCGUUUUUCGGAAUUAAACCGGAGAAUGGCUGCCGCUGAGGUGAACGGUAGUUCUGCCCUAAUAAAGGAGGAAGAAGAACCCAUGGACGUAACGGGAACACUCUCGGAGAGCUACCAGACACUCAUUGAUGCUGGGCUCCCGCAGAAAGUGGCCGAAAGCCUCGACAACAUCUUUCAGACAGGCUUGGUGGUGUAUGCUGAAUUAGACGAGAGGGCUAUCGACGCCCUGCGCGAGUUCAGCGAGGAGGGUGCACUCGCUGUGCUGCAGCAGUUCCGAGAGAGCGACCUGUCACAUGUGCAGAACAAGAGCGCGUUCCUCUGCGGGGUGAUGAAGACGUACCGACAGAGAGAGAAGCAAGGCAGCAAAGUACAAGAGUCCACCAAAGGGCCGAACGAAACAAAAAUAAAGGCUCUUUUGGAGCAGACAGGAUACACUCUGGACGUCACCACGGGACAGAGGAAAUACGGUGGCCCCCCACCUGAAGAGGUUUUCAAAGGAGUUCAACCUGGGAUUGGGACAGAGGUGUUUGUCGGGAAAAUCCCGAGGGAUUUGUACGAAGACGAGUUGGUGCCACUCUUUGAGUCUGCCGGCCCCAUCUGGGACCUAAGGUUAAUGAUGGACCCACUCUCUGGUCAAAAUAGAGGUUACGCCUUCAUUACGUUUUGCAAUAAGGAUGACGCACAAAAGGCUGUGAAGCUCUGUGAUAACUGUGAAAUUCGCCCUGGCAAGUACUUGGGAGUGUGCAUAUCCGUUGCCAACAAUCGCCUGUUUGUCGGAUCCAUCCCAAAGAAUAAGACUAGAGAAAGUAUAUUAGAAGACUUCGGCAAAGUUACAGAGGGUCUCCAAGAAGUCAUUUUGUACCAUCAGCCAGAUGAUAAGAAAAAAAACAGGGGAUUCUGCUUCCUGGAGUACGAGGACCACAAGUCGGCCGCACAGGCACGCCGCCGGCUCAUGAGUGGAAAGAUCAAGGUGUGGGGGAAUCCAGUCACUGUUGAGUGGGCGGACCCUGUCGCCGAACCAGACCCUGAGGUUAUGGCAAAGGUGAAAGUGCUCUUUGUCCGGAAACUGGCCACAGCCGUGACGGAAGAGCUCCUUGAAAAGACGUUCUCCCAGUUCGGAAAACUGGAGCGAGUGAAGAAACUGAAAGACUACGCCUUUGUUCAUUUCGAAGAAAGGGACGCCGCUGUGAAGGCUAUGGAUGAGAUGAACGGGAAGGAGCUCGGAGGUGAAGAAAUUGAGAUAGUCCUAGCGAAGCCUCCGGAUAAGAAGAGGAAAGAACGCCAAGCAGCCAGGCAGACCUCCAGGAACGUGGGGUACGACGACUACUAUUACUACCCGCCUCCACGCAUGCCGCCGCCGGGGCGUGGUCGAGGGCGCGGUGGCCGGGGUGGGUUCUCCUAUCCGGCAGAUUACUAUGGCUAUGAAGACUAUUAUGACGACUACUAUGGCUAUGACUAUCACGACUACCGCGGCGGCUACGAAGACCCUUACUACGGCUACGAUGACAUAUACAGCAGCAGAGGGCGUGGCAGCCGCCCCAGCAGGGGCGUGCCGCCUCAAUCCCGGGCCCGCGGGGCGCCGCCGACACGAGGCAGGGGAGGCUACGCCCAAAGAGGGCCGCCCCUGGGCGCACCGAGGGGCACCCGCGGAGGCCGAGGAACCCCGUUCCAGCCGCAGAGAGGCCGCGGGCCCCGCGGGGCCCGGGGGAACCGCGGCGGAAACGUCGGCGGCAAGAGGAAGGCGGACGUGUUCAACCAGCCGGACUCCAAGCGCCGCCAGACCAACAACCAGCAGAACUGGGGGUCCCAGCCCAUCGCCCAGCAGCCCCUGCAGCAAGGGGCCGACUAUUCCGGUAACUAUGGUUACAGUAAUGACACCAUGGAGUUUUCACAGGAUUCUUAUGGGCAACAAUGGAAGUAAUUGACGACACACACACACAAAAAAAAAUAGAUUGGCCGUAUUUGUUGAUUGACUUUUUACUCAUCAUCAUCAUCAUCCCUCGUGACAAAUUUGUAUGUCCUUAAUUUAAUUAAAAAGCCCCCCCAAUUGGCUUUAAUAUUGCAGCUGUGAAUGGUUAGCUUGUGGUGAAUCAUGUACAGUGACAUCGGGACAGCUCUUAUUACCUAAAAUUUAUUGAUUACCUUAAAAACCAACAGUGGACAUUCAUUCUCAAUUAGUCUUAAAAGGGACAUUUUCCAAAAAAAAAAAAAAAAUGACAUUACAUUGCCUUGCAGGACAUUUGUGUCCAUGCCCCCCCCCCUUUUAUUGUACUCCCCUUUAUUUGUGGUUCUCGUGGCUAAAAAUCCACAUCAGCCACGUACGCCGCGCCUCACAGCCGUCAAUAGCAGACAUCACACUACGCUACACGAGUUACACACACACUGUUUUACCCAAACCAGGAUAUUGUUAUUCCUACCAAUGUGUCAUCCUAACGGAUGCAAUGUUGAUGCGCGGCACACGUGCCUGAUGUAUUUUAAGCAUCAUAGUUACUUGGGGACUUGCUUGUAUAUAAAUGCUUACCGUUUAGAGCUUCAGAUUUCAUUUGUUUUUUUUUGCAACAGUGGAGAAAAGAAUCCACAAAGGAGAAGGACAAAAAAAAAAAACGACAUUUUGUAAGUGUAUGUUUAGCUUUUCUAGAGGUCAUCAAAUUGUGAUUUUCUUUUUUUUUUUUUUUUUUUAUUAAUUGAUACCAUCAUUUCCUGUUUUCUCUGAAAUUGCCCAAUUUAGAAUUUGGUUUGGCUUACCUUAAGAGCCAUAGCAGUUUGUUCUCUGAUGUUACUUGUAUUUAUAACUUCUGCGUUUGUUCCGUUUCAAUAAAACUCAGCUGAGAAUCAAUCAA